AUGGGUGGCAAGGGCGGAGGAGGUGGUGGUGGUGGAGGAAAGGGUGGUGGUAGUGGUGGAGGAAAGGGUGGUGGUGGGGGAGGUGGCUCAAAGGGUGGCGGAGGUGGUCAGUCUUCAAAAGGUGGCGGUGGUGGUGGCUCUUUUGCAGGUAAGUCAAGCGGCGGAGGUGGCGGGAUGAUGAAGGCUCCAGGAGCAGAAGGAUACAUAUCAAGGAGUGGCUUUGAGAGCAACCCUCAAGGUUACUUCAAUGGCCUCCAUCAUGGCGACAAAACUUUUGUUGUUGGCUACAUGGUGCAGGAAAACGAUCUUGAAGUCCUCGAAAGAUCGAAUGGAAGAAGCGGGGAGUUGAUUGAAUCAUCUUUGAGCCAAGCCCGAGAAAGUCAUCAAGAACACUCAACACUUGAUGCUCUCCGUAUAUUGAUGCAACAAGGUUGCAUUUUCAAAUUUGCACAGGCUAUCUUCUGGACAAUGGGUGGCAAGGGCGGAGGAGGUGGUGGUGGUGGAGGAAAGGGUGGUGGCGGUGGUGGUGGGGGAGGUGGCUCAAAGGGUGGCGGAGGUGGUCAGUCUUCGAAAGGUGGCGGUGGAGGUGGCUCUUUUGCAGGUAAGGCUCAAGGAGUGGCUUUGAGAGCAACCCUCAAGGUUACUUCCAUGGCCUCCAUCACGGCGAGAAAAGUAGUGGCAACUGAAUUAAGUAUUGAAAGCAAUCAACCAUGA